ACUAAAGACGGAAACAGUGACAAUGGGUUAGAGAACCAUGGCCAACACUUAGAUGAAGACAGGUUGUUUCAUCUCCGUGCAGAGCACACAACGGCAACAGCUGGUGAGUCUUCAAUGACAGCAGUCAAAGAAGAUGGCUCAAUCUCGUUGGCAGUGAAGGAAGAAGACGUACCUGUGUCAUCUGAAGGACGAGGGUCUUCAUUCAUGUCUGACCUGGACGACCUCUUGAUUGACACCUAUGGGGACAGUCCGUCUUCACCCAACGGUCCAUCGUCCAAUGACGUACAAGGAGACACAUCCAAGCUGAAAAAGGAUGAAAGCGUGGCAUUGGUCAAAGAUGUGAGUAGUCACCUGGCUCUGUUGUACAUCGAGGAUGACGACUCAGAGAAUGAAACCAAAAGCAACGCAUCACUGAUGAUUCAGGGAAAAAGUGGAACACAAAUGCAUGAAGGAAGUGAUUCAAAACUCCACCAAGAUCCAGUCACUGAAGGGAUGGAGUCUACAAAUGCAAAUGACAUUGACAGUCAUGCCAUGAUCAUGAUGGCUGUGGAACUGUCUGUGUUCCUGGGAAGUUUGUUUGCGCUCGUGGCCUUCACUCUCUGGCUGCACUACAGGACCAAGGAACAGGAGGACACCUCCCCAUCGAGCUGGCUGUCUGACAAAUUUGUUAUCCCCCGACCAUGGCGCCGGCUUAGCAAGGCUCAGCGCUUCAGUUGGGAGUUUAGCAAGAUAUAAGAGCAGUGUAGUGAGCCGUUUUGUGAGUAAGAAACAAAAGUGAAGUCAACAUCUUGUGUAUAACUUUAGAAAGGGCUGAAUGAGCAUAACGAUUACUAGAAAAUACAUCUUAGUGUGCACUUCUUCUCUAGGGCAACUCUGGCCAACACUUAAUCGAGCAUUAACUAAAAAAAAAACUAGAUUCCUACUUUCUUGGCAUGUAUGAUCGCAGACACACUGCUCAUAAAGCAGUUGCGUCACUCUUAAGAUCAUGAUAUCAUCAUGGUUUCCCUACUUGAUGUGGAUUCAAAAUGUCAUAUCAUUGUGUAACCUAAUUUAUGUAUCUCUCUUAACAUGAACCUGGAUGAUAGGACUAUCAUUAUCCAUUGCAUUAUCUUAAUUGAUUUUGAACGGCCCGAGCAAGGCUGGGGAUUUUGGCGCCAAAACGUUGCGAGACUUGCACUACUUAAUAUUCAUGAGCUUCCGUGGUUUACUCGCACAUGCUUUUGAAUAUUCAUGAUCACGCUCCGAGCACGCGGAGCUGGGAGAGCCAGUUAACCUCGUGGCAGAAAAACUCAACCACGCUGUCGGAAGGUUCGUCUUCUUGAGAUCUCCUGCGAUUUUUUUGCAAAUGUUUUUCCGCCUGCUCCCUAUAGUUCCCGGUAAGUCCUUUCUAUGAUGGCUUCGGCGUUGGAAGCCUUCUUUGUGAUCCCCGGUUGGUUUCUUGAUUGUCGUCUCGGGACUAUCCUAUUUACCAUAUUCAUAACCGUUACUUCUAUUUGAACUUAGACGUCGGACGCGUUUGUUCUUUGUGAAGCCUUAUUCAUUGACGUGCUUCGUCUCAUUAAAUGUCUACUUCGAGUCGGGCCCUUUCGCCUUGGGAACCCAGGCUCUACAUUUUUGCCACGCUUUACAGAAUUUUUGUAACGUUGUUUCAACUCGGCGGGCUGCCGAGAUCCCCUCAUGAACCAAUCCUGGCGUCGCGACGUUCAUUCUGUAACAUUUCCAGUUUUAUUUUGUAUGAUAUACAACACCUACGGGUUGUCAAUAACUUUUGAUUCACAUAAGCCCAAAAUGCGGCCGACAAUAGCUGGCGAGUUGCCGAGAUUCCAUCCUACCAUACAACUCCACGUGACAGGCGAACGGUUUCCGUGUUUUUUACGGUUCCGUGGCGGUAAUUAUGCCGCCUACUUUGAUUACGACGUUCUCCAUUUGUGAAACUACGGGAAUUCCAUCUACUACUGUAACAAGAAUAUACGGGAAGCCCUUAGUGUGGCCGCUUUGAAAUCAGGUCAAAAUUUUUAAAAAUAUCUGGAAAUCGGCGGAUUGCCGUCCAGCAUGACGAGCAAACCCUUAGUUUUACUAGCUGGCUAGUGUUGAAAUAUUCAGAACCAGGCGGAUUGCCGUCCAUUAUGUAAAUAUGUUAGCCUUUCGCCAGUUGGGUAGUGUUUUGAAAUACUUGGACACGACGGAGUGACGUCCAACAUGCCAAACUUUAGCUGAUCGCUAGUCAAUUAGUGUUUUUAAAUAUCUGGGACCCGGCGGCGGAUUGCCGCCCAAUUUGCAGAACUGUUAUCGUUAGCUUUUAGUAGUGGUUUUUUCAACCAGGGGGAAAACUCUCGUCACAUAACACAGCUGGUAAUCUAUUAAAUUCACCUUUUCCUAGUUUGUUUUUUCGUGUACUUGCAUAUUGGUCUGUUUAUUCCCCUCUCAAGAAUGUUUAGUCCCCUUAUUUAGUUCAUCUUGACGUAACGUUACAUUGUUUAUUUAUUACCAUUCUAUUUUGCAACAACGGAUCCACACGGUGGGUAGCUGCGAUCUUUAAGACAUACUUGUGAUCAAAACUGGUUAUAUGCCUCAUGCAUCCCUUUUCAAAAUGUGUCUAUCUCACAAUUUACCGCAUUGAGGAUUUUAUUUUCAAAUAAGCAGCAUUUUAACAUCCAUGACAUGUGGCGUAAUCAUAUCCGCCAGUUCUGUACGGGCCCGUCGCAUGUCGCUCUGUUUUGGCGCCUUGUUACGGCUGUGGAUCUUUUUGCCCCGCACAUAGCGGGUUUUGGUGGCUAAAUUUAUGAAGAAUUGACUCUCCAAAAUAUUUCCCAUGUCAUGGUUCGAGGCUGUUAAGUCGAUGAUCGAAAGUAUUAGAUUUGUAAAGAAGUUGAAAUAUUCCAUUAUUUCUUUAUAUGGGUUUACAGAAGUACCUAAGCUUUUACGUUAUACCGUUGAUUCUCAUGGUUGUAUUUUUCCUAAGUCUCGGGCGGAUUGCCCGAGCUUUAUGAAUAAAACACACCUUCUGUUUCCGCCAAACUUGAAUGAGUAGUGUAAUUCUUGUAUGAACGUGAUUUUAAAGCCUUGCUCGGAAGUGAAAAAAGACUUUGCGAUGCAAAUUGAUUUUGAACGGCCCGAGCAAGGCUGGGGAUUUUGGCGCCAAAACGUUGCGAGACUUGCACUACUUAAUAUUCAUGAGCUUCCGUGGUUUACUCGCACAUGCUUUUGAAUAUUCAUGAUCACGCUCCGAGCACGCGGAGCUGGGAGAGCCAGUUAACCUCGUGGCAGAAAAACUCAACCACGCUGUCGGAAGGUUCGUCUUCUUGAGAUCUCCUGCGAUUUUUUCCCUCCCACCGCCCCAUUCUUUCACCAUUGAUAGCAUCAUUGUCCUGAUAUCAUUCUGCUUACCCCCCUUUUUUCUGAUCCUUAUUUACAACUCCUUUCUUGUAGGUGGAUGCACAUUCAACCCUGUUGUGUAUUUAUUCAAUGUUUACCGAUGUUCCAGGCGCUUGGCUUAGCAUUGGCAUAUCCGAUUACUUUUACAUUCAACUUGAAAUGUUUUCUCAUCACCAUAUAUUUUGCCUUGUGUUUAUCAUGAUUGCAUCAGGAAUUACCUGUAUCAAUGUUUCACAUGAGGCUUUUUGUGUUCUGUUCCCAUUCCAGUGGUAGUAUUGGGAAAAAUUCGUGGCUUGUUGUUUUCUGUUCCCAUUCCAGUGGUAUGUAGCACCAGUCUAGGCAGCCCCGCCAUCCGUUGGCUAGCAUAGACAUGAAAUUCCAGGUCGUGUUCCGGCCUUAUGUGCUCCCAUGUUUUCUGUUACUAUUCUCUUAGGUGCAAGGACUAAAUUCGCCUUUCUAAAUCUUCUUAAGAACUCUGUUCGCAUUUCCCAAUAUUGACCAUUGCUACGCUAUUUCUGACAUGCUAUGACAUUACUCAUUGCUGCGCUGUACUGUCCUUCAUUGUACUGAUGUGUAUUAAGAAUUCUGUUCCCAUUUCCAGUGGUAGUAAAUGGGGUUGCUCUGCUAUGUUGUAAUAUUGCUUAAGGCUGUGCUAUACUGCCCUCCAUUGUUCGGAGGUGUUUAGAACUCUGCUCCCAUUUCCAAUGAUAGUAAAUGGGGUUGCUCUGUUAUGUUGUAAUAUUGCUUGGUGCUGUGCUAUACUGUCCUUCAUUGUACGGAGGUGUAUUAAGAAUUCUGUUCCCAUUUCCAGUGGUAGUAAAUGGGGUUGCUCUGCUAUGUUGUAAUAUUCCUUAGUGCUAUACUAUAAUGUCCUUCAAUGUACGGAGGUGUAUUUAGAAUUCUGUUCCCAUUUCCAAUGAUAGUAAAUAGGGUUGCCUUGCUAUUUUGUAAUGUUGCUUAGUGCUGCGCUAUAAUGCCCUUCAUUGUCAGGAUCAUAUACGCCAAAUAUAUGGCCGUUGAAGUGCGAAACCUAGUCACUAUUUAGAUAUGCGCAUAAAAUGUUUCAGUACGUAUUGUUACCUUGUGCAUUUGCAGUUUAUAUGUUUUAUUGCAAAUCUGUUCAUUUGUUUUGUAACUGCAGCUAUUCAUCACGCGCCCAGUUUGCCCCAUUUUCUACAGGGAAGCAACGCUGGACCCCUACGCUGCUCCUCAGAGGGUUAAGUCACUUUGAAGACCCCCAGCAAAGUGGUUGUUGGCUCCGCUAGCAACACAUAGCAACCACCUUUGACCCCAAGUUUCCCAGGAUUUCACCCAUUAUUCGAUAAUAGCUCCCCCCACACACACCUAGUGUACCGCCUGGCCAGGUAAGACAUUACUUGGCACCAUGUAGGGGUACUGUCUGGGAAGGCAAGCAGGGCGUGUAUUGGGUGUAGUGUUUCCAGUGUGUUAGAAAUAUUCUGAAUGCCACUGUCUGAAUCAUGCUGUCAUCAUAAGUACAAAUAACUUUGAAAAUGAUACAGUACAGCUGACUUAAUACAUUGCCCAGCUUCAGUCGCUCGUAUCCAACCAUUUAUACGCUGGGACCAGUUUGGGCAUAAUCUGAUUUCGACUGACUAAAACAAGAAACUGUUCUCAAAUAAAUGCCCCAAUCUUCCCGAGUCUUACCAGAGCUAACUAACCCCCCCCCCUUUUUUUUUUUCAGAGAUUGAUGUCACUGUUGUAGGAAAAUGAUACAUAUACUUUCAGCUAAUGUUCCAGGUCAGAUCCACCAGAAGAAGAAAUUGUUUCAAACUGAAAUCUUCAGAAUUUUCAAGAAAGUAUUACUUCCGUUGCUAUCCACCAGACUAAUUACAAGAUUCCUUGGUGCUACUGUUUCUCUGCAUUUUUUUUUUUUCUUUCUUUAAUCUACAAUAAGAAAAAAUGCUUUAAUCUUUCAGUUUCUGAAGUCAAGAAAAUACCCCAAAAAAUUGACCAUGUUUCCCCCAAAGAAGGAGGCUGAUUAUUUUAAACUCAUUGCUUUUAAACUAGUAAUGUUACAUGUAUCAUAAUGUACCUGUAUUAUUUCUUUUUCCAGGCCAGUAUGCUCAAAAAUUAUUGUUAGGUUAAUAAUUGUACAUUGUUGGAAUGAGAAGGACAUUCAGCAUAACUGCAAUGUAAAGCUAGUGCAUAGUAGAAUGAUUAACAAAUCAGACAAAUAUAUGGCAGUAUAUACAUUAUCAAUCUAUUUCAAAUAGUUUGUUUAUUAUUGAACAACGGAACCCAAGCUGAGGUGUGACAAGCUGGAACUCACCCUGUCAGGGAAGUCAACAAAUUUAUUGGCCAUAUUGUCACUUUAUACAAACAAAGAGAUCACAUUUCAUGUUUGGAAUGGCCAAAAGUUGCAAUUUCGUCAUGUUAUCUUUUUCUUAAAGGCGCAACCAUAUGCAAUGUUUUUAUUUGUCCCAAAGGACAUGUCGGGUAAGCAGACAAGUUGUACUUUAAACCUUCAAUUUGUCCUGUGGGUGUGCAUAUUCCAACUUCCCUGUCAGGCUGCCGUGAAUAUUUCACAUUGGCCAUAUUCUUAAAAAUACUUUGAACAUAUUAAAGUAUAUCUCUGCUAUAAUCAUACUAGUGGGGCUGGAACCACCUAAACAUUAUAGAGUGCUCUUUGCUGAAAAUAUACAUACCGCAUUUGUGUCAAAAAAUAUGUUCUGGGAUGUUGUGCCAAGGGCCUAGAAGGUCUAAAAUCUAGUUGUGCUUAUUAUAUUUAUAUCUUAAUAUCAGUGAGUCUUUAGGUAAUACAUAUAGUCUGAAAAUAUACUAUUGGUCAGUAGCUCCACUUGAAAAUUUAGAAAAAUACCAGCCCAGUAACUUUCUACAGCACGUCAAAGUUGGUGGACUAGUCAAUUGGGCGCAGAAGGAUGAAAAGUGUCUUUAACUCACUGAGUCUGUGGUAUUUGCUUCUGUUAGACUCACGUUAGCGGACUGCCCAAGCGUCUUUUCAUACAGCAUACAGCACCCAAGUUCACUUUGGCUGGGACAUCCAGUUCUUCGACUAAACGUUUGUCUGCCACCUCCCGCUCUUCACUUGGGCGGAUUGCCCAAGCACCUGUUCAUCCAACAUCGAUCCGACAUCCAGCUCGUCGAACUUCACUGUUCCAGCCAACCCGGAUUGAUGAGCCGCGAAGUGCCUGUAGACUCUCUUACUUGCAGUGUCUUGAUAUUUCAUUCUUAGAAGGUUAAUACGUGUAAACUUUCUGUAUUAACGCAUUUGUUUAUGAUACUGUUAGGUGUGAGAAGUUUUGUUGCUAUUAUAUUACUGAUUUCUGAUGAGUUUUAACCAGUUAGCCUAAUUUAAGCUUUCAUUGCUGCUUAUAUUAGUCGCGAUGAUGUGACAUGUCGUAUUUAGAAAUAUAUAACGAUUUAUAGGGUUGUCCCAUGUUACAGCUCUAUUUGCGAAUUGUUACAGAUAUAAUAUGUUGGAUGAGGAUAUACCGAUGUUUAAGUUUGCGAUUAGGAUGAAUGCCAUAGUAACGUGUUGUAAGGUUAUCACAAUGGCAAGUUUGUAUGGAUGAAUAGUCACAGUCGUAACAGGUUGUUAAAUCAUGACUUUACUAGGGCUUGUGUUUAGGAAGAGUCUUGCCAUGAUUGUAACGUACUUUAAGGUCUCUCGUCAUUAGGUAAAAUUGUACGAAGAGCUACUAGCCUUCAACCCCGUUGCUACAUUUCCGCUUUCUUGUAGUGAGGUUUCUUAUUCAAGGUGUUACCUGCUGGUAUUGGGAUGGAGGCUAAAUUUAUGAAGAAUUGACUCUCCAAAAUAUUUCCCAUGUCAUGGUUCGAGGCUGUUAAGUCGAUGAUCGAAAGUAUUAGAUUUGUAAAGAAGUUGAAAUAUUCCAUUAUUUCUUUAUAUGGGUUUACAGAAGUACCUAAGCUUUUACGUUAUACCGUUGAUUCUCAUGGUUGUAUUUUUCCUAAGUCUCGGGCGGAUUGCCCGAGCUUUAUGAAUAAAACACACCUUCUGUUUCCGCCAAACUU